AACAACAACAACAACAACAACAACACCAACAACAACAAUGUCGAUCAGGAGAAUUCCAAACUUGAUCCUCAACCAUCCUCACCAUCUCAGAACCCAAUUCCUAAACAACCGAUAUCCGAAUCGACUUGGUCUAUUCCAAUCCAUAUCAUCCUCAACCCGCUCCUCAGAUUCACAACCCAGCUCAUCAUCAUCAUCAUCACCAUCACCUUCAAACUCCGAGAAACCUAGGAAUCCAAGACGGAACUCGACCAAAAACCAACCACCAAAGAAAGAUCAACAGCAGGAGGAAGAUCAAAAUCCAUUCUCCGAUUUCAUCAACCUCUCCAAGUUAUUUGGCCAGCCUUCGAAGCCGAACUCGAGCGAACAUCCUAAAUUUAAUAAUGAAUCUGAUCAUGGAAAAGGAAACAAAUCAGGAAAAGGCGCUUCAUCGACUUCAGGAUCGGAACAACAACAAUCGCCCGGUGCAGCCAAUGGAUUGGUCUUCUGGGCCUUGGGAGCUUAUGCACUCUAUCACAUUCUAGCCGGUGAUAGUCUGAGUAAUCGGGAGAUCUCAUGGCAAGAAUUUCGAACGGGCGUACUGGACAAAGGAUUAGUAGAAAAAUUAGAAGUCAUCAACCGAUCUAAAGUCAAGGUCUACCUCCAUCCAAACGCAUUCAAAUUAACCGGAAUCAAUCCAAACGGAUCAUCAUCCGCUCCUUCUGGUAGUAUAGCAUCCCCAUCAGCCGGUGCAUCCUACUUCUUCAGCAUCGGUAGUGUCGAAGCCUUUGAGAGGAAACUAGACAAAGCGCAGGACGAACUAGGCAUCCCAAGUCACGAAAGAGUUCCAGUCAGCUACCACGAACAGGCCUCACUGAUGAACCUCUUCUGGAACUUUGCUCCAACCCUCACCCUCGCCGGCUUACUCUUCUACGUCAGUCGGAGGGCCACCGGAAUGGGCGGUGCCGGUGGUGGCGCUGGUGGCCCCGGUGGGAUCUUCAACAUCGGUAAAAGUAAAGCCAAGAUGUUCAAUCACGAAUCUGAAGUCAAGACCAAGUUCAAAGACGUUGCAGGGAUGGAUGAAGCAAAGGAAGAAAUUAUGGAAUUCGUCAAAUUCCUCAAGGAACCCGAAAAAUAUGAACGUUUGGGAGCCAAAAUUCCCAAGGGCGCCAUGAUUUCAGGCCCACCAGGAACAGGGAAAACGUUACUCGCCAAGGCGACCGCUGGAGAAGCCGGUGUACCAUUCCUUUCGGUAUCUGGCUCGGAGUUUGUAGAGAUGUUUGUGGGAGUUGGACCCUCACGAGUACGAGAUCUAUUUGCGACGGCGAAGAAGAAUUCGCCAUGCAUAGUCUUUGUGGACGAAAUCGAUGCGAUCGGUAAAGCUCGAGGCAAAUCGGGCGCGAUGGGAGGGAAUGAUGAGAGGGAAUCAACAUUGAAUCAGCUCCUGGUCGAGAUGGAUGGCUUCGAUACUUCUCAGCAUGUCGUUGUCUUGGCGGGGACCAACCGAGCGGAUGUGCUCGACAAGGCGCUGCUCAGGCCCGGCCGAUUCGACCGACAUAUCGCCGUCGAUCGACCUGAUGUUUCGGGGAGACGACAGAUCUUCUUGGUCCAUCUCAGACCUCUUGUGCUCGAAGGUGCCAUCAAAACCAAGGAAGAUCUCAAAAGUUCUGGCUCCGAUCCGCUCCCCGAGGAGGAUGAAGAUUUCGAAGGUCCUGAAUCCGUCGAGAAAGUCAUCCCUGAUUGGCUCGUCAAACUCUCGCAUAAGUUGGCCGCACACACCCCUGGCUUCAGCGGUGCCGAUAUCGCCAACGUUUGUAAUGAAGCUGCGCUCAUUGCAGCAAGGCUCAGUGCAGAAUUUGUAACUGAAAAACAUUUUGACAUGGCGAUCGAGAGAGUCGUUGCAGGAUUAGAAAGAAGAUCGAGAGUGUUAUCUCCGGAAGAGAAACGAACGGUUGCCUAUCACGAAGCUGGUCAUGCAAUCAUGGGAUGGUUCUUGGAACAUGCCGAUCCGUUACUCAAAGUCUCGAUCAUUCCGAGAGGGGUCGGAGCUCUUGGAUAUGCUUCUUAUUUACCUCAAGAAAGGUUUCUGUAUACUACCGAACAAUUGAUCGAUCGGAUGUGUAUGACUUUUGGUGGCCGAGUGGCUGAGGAAAUAUUUUUUGGCAAGAUCACAACGGGUGCUCAAGAUGAUCUGCAGAAGAUCACGAAACUAGCGUUUGAAUUAGUUGGAAACUAUGGUAUGUCGCGAGAUUUCGGACCAAUUAGCUUUGGUAGAUCCGAUUCCCAACAAGAGUCUUUCCAGAAACCGUACUCGGAGAAGACCGGUGAACAUCUGGACUCGACGGUCCGGGCUCUGAUCAAUCAAGCUCAUAAACGAACCACCGAAUUGUUGACCGAGAAGAAAGAGUUGGUCGAUAAAGUAGCCCAACGAUUGUUGGACCGUGAAGUUCUCUCGAGACAAGACAUGAUUGAUUUGAUUGGACGCCGGCCGUUUGACCGACCUGAUGCAUACGAUGAUGCGAUGGGAUCGAGUGGCAAGCCCGGCCCCCCACCAGCGCCUGGUUCCCCGAGCGGAGGCCAGAACCGUCCCACACCUAAGCCUGCCACAGACGGCCCUAAUCCCUUGGGAGAAGGCAUCGAGGGCGGCGGUGGUGUCCCUUUACCUACUCCUGCUCUCUCUUCUCCAGCGGUUCUCCCUGAGCAAUCUCAUUCUGGCCUUGCAAAUUAAUCCUCUACACUUCCCUCUCUUUCUUUCUUUUAUUCUCUUUUGCAAUAAAAUAUCAAUUUUGUGGUUUUGUUCAUCCCCCCCCCCUUUUUUUUCCAAAUUCAAACUAAAUUAAAUAAAAAUAAACAAACCGACAAACAAUAUCUUUUCCUGUUUUUGCAAUAAAAAAGCUCCCCUCCCUCUCUCUUCCCUCUCUCUUUUUUUUUUCUUUUCAUGUCAGUUUUGAUUGGUUUGGUUUGAAUUUACACUUUCUCUUCCAAUUUUUUUUCUUCUUCUUUUUCCCUCAUGAGAAAACAAAACAAAAAAAUCAAAUCAAAUCACAUUGUAUCCCUGUUCCUUUCCUGCCUGAUCACUUUAUAAUAUACACACACACCCAUCCAUACACACAUUCAUAUAACAAAUAAAACAAACCAAACCAAAUUUCCAUCACUUUUUUUUUCUUCUUAUAUCAUGUUUGGAUACACUAAUCCAACUACCUCACCUGUUCAUAAAGACUUGAUUAUUACUCACUUUUUUGUUUUUGGUUUUUGAAGCUUUGUCAUGGUGAUGAAGGCAUGUUUUGUGAAGUUGUAUUACUAUUAAUUCCAUUCUUUUUUUUGUUUGCCUUCAUUAAUAGAAAUGCAUCAAGAAAUACAUCCAAAUAAAUGUGUGUAUGCAUGUGUGUCCAAGUGGAUUUUGUUUUUCCAAUGUGAUGAUUUGAUGAUUUGUCUGCAUAAUGG